AUGGAUAAUUUAAUUAAGAUGCCAAGAAUUAGAGAAGCUUUGAACUUAUUUGGAAGUUCUCCUGAAUACUGGCUUCUAUUCUAAACCAUUUGUUAAUAAUUAAGACAAGAAAGAUAGAAGUUCAAGGGGAUGUUCUUUAUGUGCAUUAUUAAAUAGCAAUAAUAUACUAUAUUUAUUAUAUUUAAUCAAAAAAUUAUUAUUGAAUUUUAAUAUAACAAACAUAUAUUUAUUGUAAAAUUUAGGAUUUCAUAAAUAUCUUAAGCGAUAGCAUUCAAUGAAUAAGUGAAAAAAGCUAAAGAAAAAGCAAUUAUAAGAAAGUUAAGCAUAUUAAUGAUUAAUAUGUAAUUUAAUGGAUUAAAAAAUUUAGAGUUAAUUUUAUAAAGGAUUGACUUUAGAAAAUAAUUAGUCUAGUUUUUAGAUCUCUUUAAACCAAACACUAAUUAUUACAGUAAUGGAAGAGAUUUAGAUGAAUAAAUAAUCCUAUUGUAAAUUUAGACCUAUCAAAAGAAAAAGUUGUAAUAAAAUAAUGUUUAAGAUUCAAUUAUACUCUAUACUCCCAGAAAAAAAAGCAAUCGAUUUCAUGGAUUUACUCAACUAAUAAAAAUGGCUUAAUUCAAAGUUAUCUAAAACCAGCAUCAAUUUUUGGUACUAUCAAACAAAAUAUAAUUGUUUAAUUAACACUACUGCAAAUCAGAAAAUAAAAGAUAAGAUAAUAUUGAAAUGGGAUUAUUAUUAAAAAUGAGAAUUGAACCAAACUUGAAUGCUUUGAAUUAUUUGAUGUUAACAAUGAUUGUAAAAUCACAUUAUAAAAAUUUAAAUAUGUUUAAAUGAAGAAGUUAG